AGGGUGAAUUAAACAGGCAGGGUAGUUUCCUUCAGCUUGAAAGGGAAAAGAUAAGAACACAGCCUGCCCUCCUAGUUUGAAGGGGUGGGAAGGUGAGCAAGGGUGAAAGGGGAAGGAAGCAGAAACAGCACAAACAGCACAGAAGAGGGGAGACAGUCCAAGCUACAACAGGAAGGCAGGUUGUCCUUCCCUCAAACUUCAGAUUAAUCUUUCGUUACCUGGAUAUUUGCUUGGGUGAGGGGAAAAAGCACACCAUAAUGGCGAACAAGGAAGUAACAUGGUUUAUACUCAGUGCAGUUGUGGCAGCUGUUCACGCCCUCUCCGUAAACACACCUCAGAAGCAUGUGCAAGUGAAAAAAGGAGAAAAUAUCACUCUACCAUGUACCUACGAAAGCUCUGUUGUUAAUCCAGCUGACGGGGAUGUUGUUGCCUGGAUGAAAAUGCCAAAUGAGGUAGAAAUUAUUAACCAGUAUCUUCAUGAUGGUGGAAUAUGGAUUACCGAUGCUUAUAAAGGUCGGGUGAACUUUUCUGGCAAUACAAAUAAUCGUGACAUUGGCAUCAUCCUCAGUCAAGCGACCUUGAAUGACAAUGGUACCUAUGAAUGCUCAGUCCGUAUUCGUGCUGAUCUUCCCUCGAGACAAUCAAGAAUGGAACUUUUGGUCCUUGUGCCUCCAUCCAAGCCAGACUGCAAAAUUAUAGGGACCACAGAAUACGGACAAAACAUUAACUUGACCUGCAAUUCUAUCGAAGGAUCCCCCAAACCUGAAUAUUCCUGGCAAAGCUACAAUCCAGAAAACAAACAACGAGCACUCGUAGGAACAGUAACACCAGGAGUGCUUAUGCUGAAGAACAUCUCUACAGACACCACUGGCUACUAUAUCUGCCUUUCCAAAAACUCUGCUGGAGAGAGUUUAUGCAACAUCACUGUUAAUGUCACACCACCAUCCAUGAAUUUUGCCCUACUUGGUGGAGUCAUUGGUGGGCUUGUUGCUGUUAUCAUUAUUAUUGCUGUUGUGGCUUACUGUUGUUGCUGCAGGAAUGGGAAGGACAAAGACUAUGAAAUGACGGAGACAGAAAAUGGCGAUCAACCACCCGAUGUAAAAAUACGGGGACCUGCUGAAGAGGAGAUUCAGGACGAGGAGGAGGAAGAGGAAGACAGGCACUACCCAGUACAGCCACCCAUUUCCAGAGUGUCUCCGGAGGUUUAAGAAGCUGUGGCCCAGAGAGGAGCAUUUCCAUUUGAGA